UUGUUACUCUCUUGCUUCUCCCGCCAUUUACCAAGAAAGAUCGAAUAUUCUGAAGUGCUUAUGUAAACGGUUUCUAUUCUGCUUUUCCUUUGCAGAAUUUUCUUCAAAUGCUCUCAAAGAUUAGAACUUUCCUGAGUCUAUCGCCUUGCUAUUUUGCAUUCAUUCAGAGCUGCCGCUAUAAUCGGCACUCACUAGCUUCCAACCCUCCGGGGCAUUAUGCAUAUCUUCUGAACUCUUGUAUUGCCGGGAAGGCGAUUGGGCCAGGAAGGCAACUCCAUGCUCGUUUAUGCCUUACUGGGCUUAGCUAUAAUACCGCAUUGGCCACGAAACUUGUCAAUCUUUACUGUGUUUGCGACCAUGUAAGUGUUGCACACCGGCUGUUUGAUAAAAUUCCCAAAGGGAAUCUCUUCCUGUGGAACGUUUUGAUUCGUGGGUACGCGUGGAAUGGUCCAUAUGAGGUUGCCAUUUCUUUAUAUUUCCAAUUGUUCAAUUAUGGGCUUGUUCCGGAUAACUUCACAUUUCCGUUUGUGCUCAAGGCGUGCUCGGCCCUCUCGGCUGUAGAUGUUGGGAGGAACAUUCACGAGCAAGUGGUGCGAACUGGGUGGGAAAGAGAUGUCUUUGUUGGUGCUGCCCUCAUUGACAUGUAUGCGAAAGGUGGUUGUGUUGAUAGCUCUAGGGAAGUGUUUGAUAAGGUUGCUCAGAGGGAUGUUGUGGUCUGGAAUUCAAUGCUUGCUGCUUAUUCUCAGAAUGGGUGCCCAGACGAGUGCCUAUUGUUAUGCAGUGAGAUGGCUUAUGCGGGUGUGAGGCCCACUGAUGCCACUUUAGUGACUGCUAUCUCAGCCUCUGCUGAUAUAGCUGCACUUCCACAAGGGAGGGAGCUACAUGGGUACUGCUGCAGACAGGGGUUUGGCUCUCAGGACAAGGUGAGGACAGCCCUUGUGGAUAUGUAUGCCAAGAGUGGUCAUGUGAAGCUUGCUAGGAUGUUAUUCGAAGCACUUGCAGAGAAAAGAGUUGUUUCUUGGAAUGCUAUUAUCACUGGAUAUGCAAUGCAUGGCCAUGCUAAUGCAGCACUUGAUAUGUUUAAGUGGAUGAUCCGUGAGGCCCAGCCAGAUCACAUUACUUUCGUGGGGGUUCUGUCAGCUUGUAAACAUGGAGGCAUGUUGGAUGAAGCAAAGAUGUAUUUUGACUUGAUGAUUAGAGAUUAUGGUAUUGAACCCACUGUUCAGCAUUAUACUUGCAUGGUUGGUCUCCUUGGUCAGUGUGGUCAGCUGGAUGAAGCUUAUGGACUUAUAAUGCAGAUGAAUGUCAUGCCAGAUGCUGGUGUCUGGGGUGCAUUGCUUAAUUCUUGCAAAAUUCAUGGACAUGUGGAGUUAGCAGAACUGGCAUUAGAGAAGUUAAUUGAGCUUGAACCAAAUGAUGCAGGAAAUUAUGUGAUAUUAUCAAACAUCUAUGCCCAAGCAGGUAGGUGGGAUGGGGUUGUGAAGCUAAGGAAACUAAUGACUGAAAAAGGAUUAAAGAAAAGCACAGCUUGUAGCUGGAUUGAAGUAAAAAAUAAACUUCAUGCCUUUCUCUCUGGGGAUACAUCUCAUCCAAUGUCUGAUGAGAUUUAUGCAGAGCUUGAAAGAUUGGGAGCACGGAUGGUGCAGGCUGGUUAUGUUCCAAAUACUUCACCUGUUUUCCAUGACGUGGAAGAUGACGAGAAGACUAGAAUGGUUUCCAGCCACAGCGAACGGCUAGCAAUCAUCUUUGGACUGAUUAGUACACCACCAGGGACCAAACUCUUGAUCACUAAGAACCUACGGGUUUGUGAAGAUUGCCAUGUUGCAAUCAAAUUUAUUUCAAAAAUCACACAGAGAGAAAUUACUAUUAGAGAUGUGAACCGCUAUCAUCAUUUCAAUGAUGGGAUCUGUUCUUGUGGUGAUUAUUGGUAACAGGAUCAGGAGAUUGAGAGUUUAGAAAAUAAUUGCUUAGUAAAAUAUGUAGCAAAUAGAUUGAAAUUCUUUUGAAGAUUUCUGGAUGUUACACUGUCCUUAUCUUAGUAAGUAGGUGGUGUUGAAAAGGACACUGGGAUUUUU